AGCGCGCGCACAGAACACAAUCAUUUUCAUAUUGGCAUAAAUAUUUUCCAUGUAUACCAUAUACGUAUUUAUUUCCUUUUUUGAGGAUUAUAUUUAUCUUCUAAUAAAUGUGUACCACUGGCACAUUUUUUUGCCUUGGAGCGAUGGGCUGGCACAUGUGAGAGCGAGGGAGCGUCUGAAACGGAAAGAAACGGACGCGCCCCUACGCCGAACGGACGGACGCCUCAAUUUAUACCCCGCCCCGCUUCCAUUCCUCUCCCCCACACUCGUCUCCUCUCGUCGCUUCCUUCCGAACCGCCUCCAUCUUCUCCCUUCUCUCGUCGCCGGAGGGACUAGUCGGCCGCCUCCUCGUCACCUGCCUGCCGCGAUGGCUCAGACUGUUGGCCAACGUUUUGGAGGCUACGCGGAGGAGUUGGAGAGACUUCUCCAUACCCUGGGAGGCUACGAGCAGCCGAGGUACCGUUCCCGGCGCCAGGAGACCCACGCGAUCCAAGUGGGAGUCGUCACCCAACUGCGACUCCGCUCCGUGCACCAGCACCACCCCCGCCGGGACAACAUCAACCUGACGAUUCGUCGCUGCUCUUUUGGGAUGGGUGUCCAAGACCUGGCACGCCGUGCCCUGCUCCGCCUCUCUGCCACCCACUCCGACUUCCUCCGCGAGACAGAGUACCGCUACUUCGUCGACGCCUGCGUCCCCGUCCCCGUCCCCCACACUGCACCGCAUCACCAGGAGAUCGGUGAUCUAGAGGAAGGCGCCAUGCGCGCUCUCGGGAGACUUGCUCGAGCCCAGUGCUGUGUCGCCGAGUCUGUAGCAGAGGAGCUCACUGACGUCUACCACCGCCUUGAGGACGCGCAGCGGCGCAUUGUGGAGUUGGAGGAGCGCCUUCACGGCCGGGCACCGCCACAAGUUCCGGAGCCGAUACCGGUGGGCAACGUUUGUCGGGGCUCAGCACAGGAGGAGACCCAGGCGGACCAGCCCGCGCCUGCCGCAGCACCCGCUGUGGCCGGCAUCUCUGGCUUCGCCCCGGCCGCCCUGUUUCGCACCCCUGCUCCAGGGAACUGCGGAUGGCUCGACGAUUGAUGAAUGUCAGUCAUCACCGCCGUUAGCUCUCAGACUCGUCUUCUCCCGAGCCGCGUUUAUCUGUGUCUACCUCUAUGAUGGUAUCGUGAUAGCUCUUUUAUUGUCAGAUUGAGUCUUAGUACAGAGGUAUGGAAACCCUUAAGGUAAAUCUAUCCAUACCCUGUACAUAGAUGUUCGUUGUGAUGUGUUUACCGAACCUUUGUCGUUUUAAUAUCGUCGUGGGAUGCCAAUUGUAUUCUCGCCCCAACUUGAAAAUCCCUUCAUUGUAUGUUUUCUAGCAGUAUUAUUUAUGUUUUGUAGUUAAAUUUCAAUGAUUCCGGUUUGCGUUUCGGCCAAAAGGACAAAAUAUUUA